UUCGGCGAGGGGGAAGCGGCGGGUGCGGCGGAGUGUCGAUCCCUCGUCACCGACGGAGACGGCCAGAGACGGCCACCAUCGCCGCCGACACCAUGUUCCAGGGGCCCGAAAGCGAGGCCGCCAAGCCCAGCUCCAGGGUGUUGAAGCCUCCCGGCGGAGGCUCCAGCAAUCUCUUCGGGAGCCCCGACGAAGCGGCAGCUUCCACCAAGCCCCACAGGAUGGCGUCCAGUAUUUUUGGUGCUUCAGAAGAACCACAGAACAUCCCAAGGAGGUCCAAUCCUCCCGGAGGCAAAGGGAGCGGCAUCUUUGAGGAGCCCAGCCCGGUUCAGGCCCGCCAGCGCCCCAACCCACCCGGGGGGAAGACCAGCGACAUCUUUGGGUCUCCGCUCACUGCCACGGCCGCUCGAGCUCACCCGAACAAACCCAAGGAUCACAUUGUCUUACACGAAGGAGAGGAUGCGAAAUCUGAACCCAAAGCUUCCGGAAAUGCACCCUCCCCUAUUGACCAGAAGGAAAAGGGUGACGCGGGCAAAGGAGAAGCCGCCAAGGAGCCGGUGCGCGAGCCCCACGUCGACAACCACGAGCCCAGGCUGGGGCCCAGGCCCCGCUCCCACAACAAAGUCCUCAACCCACCGGGCGGCAAGUCCAGCAUCUCCUUCUACUAGACGGCCGGGGCCGGGGGGGCCGCCACUGCCGCCCAGCCGGAUGGGAGACCGCCCCCCCCGGCCUCCGCCUCUUCCAGGCCCGCUUCCUUCAUAGCUUCCCUUUAGUGCAGACCAGUCGGCGCCGGGGAGGGGUCCGGCGUUGUACCUGGAGGUCUGGGUCCGGCUGGCUGCUCGGGGGUCGAGCGCGGGGGAAGAGUGAGGGAACCCCGUCCCCCCCGCCUCGUAGAGGAUGCUGGUCUGGGUCGUCGGUGACGGCGAGGGGCCUUCCAGGCCCAGAGGAGCGGGUGGCCGCGUCCUCUCCAUCGCAUCUAGUUGGUAGUUUGAGGCCGUGACUUGAGCUUUGGGUCGGGGGGAGUGUGGGGAGGGUGGGGGGUAUGUAGACGUAGAAGCCGCUUCCCUGGUGGGGUGGGAUGGGAGGGGGAUCUGGAUUAGCGGCCCCUGGCUGAGCAGGAAGUGAGGACCGCCAGGCCUUCGUUGUGGGGAACCCCCCUCACGGAGAUGCGUCUGAGGUGGGAGACGCUAAAAGCCGGGACCAGGCGGUGAGGCGGGGGCAGGAGUGCUACCCGCCGGGCUCAGGCUGCCUCAGAGAGGGGCGCAGGAGCAGGUGGGCUGGAUUCACCGGACCUGUUUGAGAAACCGAAGGGCUUUCUCUCCCAGGAGCGCAGCCCAGUGGGCCUGGCUCCCUCACCCAAAUGGGAAGGGUCUCGCUCCCGCCCCUGGUCCCGCCUCACCCCCACGGACCUCUCGGGAAGCCUCUUCCGGGGCCUUUCUCCCGCCACCGCUCCGGCAGCAGGCCCCCACUCACCCCAAAGAGUCCCGCGUCGAGUGAUCCCCGCUCCCUCCCCUCCACACACGUACAUUCUCUCUCCCCUCUCCCCUCUUUCUCCCCUUUCUGUUUUUCUCUC